AUGAAGCAUUUCAGCAGCAAAGUAAGGAUUAGAAAUAAUAUUGCUCGAGAAACUUUAGCGGAAUUUUUAGGGACUUUCACAUUGAUAGUAUUUGGAGAUGGUUCGGUCGCUCAAGCAGUUCUAAGUCGGAAUGGCGUUGGUAACCAUUCCUCUAUACACUGGUCAUGGGGACUGGCAGUGACAAUGGGAGUUUACAUAUCUGGUGGUAUCUCGGGUGGUCAUCUGAAUCCAGCUGUGACUGUAGCCAUGGCCUGCAUCAAGAAAGUCCCAUGGAAGAAAGUACCAUUUUAUAUGUUAGGCCAAUAUUUAGGAUCUUUUUUAGCAUCAGCUGUUAUUUAUUUUGUAUAUUAUGAUGCUUUAAACGAAUAUGACGGAGGGACCAGAAUGGUAUCUGGACCAAACGCAACAGCUGGUAUCUGGUCAACUUAUCCACAACAUUUUGCUUCCGUAGCUACUUGUUUUGGAGACCAGCUUCUCGCAACAGGCAUGCUACUAAUCUGUAUAUUAGCAAUAACAGAUGAAACAAACAUGGAAACACCUAAAGGGUUGAUGCCAAUCGCCAUUGGUUUAAUAGUGACUUUGAUUGGAAUGACCUACCAUUUCAACUGUGGAUACGCCAUCAAUCCUGCACGUACUUUGGCGCCAAGAAUAUUCACGUCUAUUGCUGGAUGGGGAGUUGGAGUAUUCAGUUACAAUGAUUACAAAUAUUUUUGGAUUCCUGUUUUGGGUCCACACGUAGGAGCCAUACUUGGGGCUUUUUUGUACCAGUUUUUGAUAAGAUUUCACUGGCCGGAAGUUGUUGAAAUAAGUAGCGAUAUACAGAUUCAAGAAUUGAAUGAUAAAUUCUCAGAAAAAGAGAAAGAAGUAUACACCAACAGAGGCAUUUCACAAGAUUCAUAA